UUAAUGUGCAAUUUUUACUUCUCAAAGAUAAAUUUAUGAAGGAAAAUAAGGGAGAAUAACUAUGCAUGAAGAGAGAAGUGAUAGAAUGAGAGACAAUGAAAAGCUUUGUGAGUUUAUUCAAAUGAUGAACCUUAUAAGUGAGGACAUUUAUCAGUGCGGUGAAAGAUUAAAAUUUGUUAGACACUUCAUGUCAUGUCUCGUUAUGUCAAUUUGACAUUUUUUUUCAAAUUUAUGUUCUUUUUUUCAUUUUCUUUUCACCUAUUCCCACCCUAUAUAGUUAUAUUCUCCGCGUAUUUCUCCAUUUUCAUGGUCUUUAUUAUAAUAUCUACUUGAUUUUAUUGUAUUUUUCACCAUACCUUUCUCCUAUUUCUUCAUUUUAUUUGGUGUUUAGAAUUGUAAAUAUGAAAUCUAAGAAGUUAUAAUGGUGUGUGAAUAUGUUAAAAUCAUGAUUGUAGAUUUUUUUAAAAACUUAAUUUUAUUCUCCAUUCUUUUAAGAAAAACAGGUUACAUUCUUGCCAUCAACUGGUGAGGUCAAGUAUGUAUUGUAUUCAAUAAUAUUAAUCUUAUGUUUUUACAACACAUAUAAUAGAAGGUUUGAAAGAAGUCUUCGAUGGAUUUUUCGAAAAUUUUUGAAAGAGUAAAUAUAAGAAGAUGUACUAGCUGAAAACGAGGAAGAAUAAGAAAAAAAAAGGCUAAAAAAGCAACACACGCGCACCAACAAUGAGUGUAGUACACUCACUUUACCACAUCAGCAAGAUGUAUCAAAAUGACAUAAUAGGAAGCGACAUAAGGUGUCUAAAAUGAUCAAAGUUUAGUUAAGGCGUCUAAGUGAAAGUUGAUGCAAAGUUUAGGGGACCACCGAUGGGUUACCCCAACAAUAUAAUAACACAACACUACAUAAAGACACCAUACAUAAAUAUGUCAUUUAACUUGACUUUAACGAACAUCUGUUUCCUCCAACGUUGAGCAUACACAAGUAGACACUUAAACUUAUAUAAAAUUGAAGAAAUAGACACGCUUCUAUGUGACAUAGUUUAUCACGACCUAAAAGCCAAGGUAAUGAUGACACACCUCGAGAACCCAAAAUAGUGUGUAAGUCGAAAGAAAUACACAUAUGAGACUCCCAAAGGGAAAUCAAGCCACAAUCAAUAAGAAACAACAAAGAAGUUCCCAAAACCUUGUAGCAUGAGUGUAAAGAGCAUUCUAGGUUCUGAAAUACAUCUUAAGUCUUCGAAAAGAAAUUAAAGACUAUAAAUGAUAGAUGGAUACCAAUGGUGAUCCGGAAAGCAGGAUUUCACCCUCUUAGUUCUAUUAUCCUUUUUUAUGCAAAUCCUAUUCAGGGUGAUCCUCUUAGCGGUUGAUCGAAUCUAGGACAACAUGUAAGACACAAAUUGCCACGUAGAACACACCUAUCAAUUUGUUCAACCCUAUUCAAGUUUAAGUGUGUAUUUGUGCACACCCAAAAUUAGAAGCCGUUAGAUGUCAACUGAGACCAAGUUAAAGAGACAUGCUUAUGUAUUGUGCCAAUAUAAAAUGCUAUGGUCAACUGCUUUUUUGUUGUUGUUUCCAUGACAUAUUAAGGGCCAAAAGAGAAGCUAUUGUGAUUUUGGGAAGAAAACAUAUCAGAAAGUUACAAGUGAAAGGCUUAUUAGAUGUGUAUAUUUUAGAACAACAGAGUAACGUUUAUGGAAUCUACAUAAUUCAUUAUUAGAAAAUGUUUAAAUAGAACAUCUUCACUAGUAUAAAUAAUAGCUUGCUCCCUCUAGCAUUCAAACACUAAAACAUUGGUAUCACUAGAAUUAUUUAGGUACUCAAAAAAUGGCAUUGGCAUUUAAUUGGAAGUUUGCUUUUGCAGCUCUACUAGUAUUGGUUAUGCAGGCUUAUCAAGCCACAUCUCGCGAUUUGUAUGAAGCCUCAAUUGUCAAGAGACACGAGCAGUGGAUGGCUCGCUUUGGGCGUGUGUACAAAGAUGAUGCAGAGAAGGCAAAAAGAUUCAAAAUAUUCAAGGAUAACACUGAGUACAUUGAUUCCGUCAACAUGGCUGGAAUCAAGCCUUACAAGUUGGACGUCAAUGAAUUUGCUGAUUUGACGAAUGAUGAAUUCAGAGUCACUCGCAAUGGGUAUAGAAUGCCUUCUCAUAAGAAAUCCCCUGAAAUCACAUCAUUCAAAUACGAAAAUGUUACGGCUCCAGCUACUAUGGAUUGGAGAAAGAAGGGUGCUGUUACUGGAAUUAAGGAUCAAGGGCAGUGUGGAUGUUGUUGGGCAUUUUCUGCUGUUGCUGCUACAGAAGGAAUCAACAAGAUCAAAACUGGUAAAUUAAUUUCUUUAUCCGAGCAGGAACUCGUGGACUGUGAUACGAGUUCUGAUAUGGGAUGUGAAGGAGGUCUCAUGGAUGAUGCAUUUAAGUUUAUCAUCAAGAACCAUGGGCUUACUACUGAAUCCAAUUACCCAUACGAGGGAACGGAUAGCACUUGCAAAACCGGAAAGGAAUCUAACCAUGCUGCAAAGAUUACUAGUUACGAAGAUGUUCCAGCUAACAGUGAGUCUGCUCUACUAAAAGCUGUAGCUAACCAACCUGUAUCUGUCGCGAUUGAUGCUAGUGGAUCAGAUUUUCAGUUCUACUCAAGCGGUGUUUUUACUGGAGAAUGUGGAACUGAGUUGGAUCACGGUGUUACAGCAGUUGGAUAUGGUGAAGCUAGUGAUGGGACGAAGUAUUGGUUAGUGAAGAACUCGUGGGGAACUAGUUGGGGCGAGAAUGGUUACAUAAGAAUGCAAAGAAAUGUUGAUACUGAGGAAGGACUCUGCGGAAUUGCUAUGGAAGCUUCUUAUCCAACUGCUUAAGUAUAGAAAUUAUGAACUCGUCUCGUCUAUGUGUUCCUAAUUUUAAGUGCACAUCUAGAACUCUGUGUAUGUAAUAUGUUAAAACAAAAACUUGUAUGUAAAAACACUAUUAAUGUGAUGAAAUUAUACUUUUAUUUCCC